GGAUGGUCAUGGGGGUUGCGCGAGUUCUGAAGGCGAAGCGGCCGGAGACCCAUAUCUCGGUUUUGGAGCCAGCAUCUUCGCCUACGAUUACCCAGGGUCGUCCUGGGACUCAUCAUGUUGAGGGGAUUGGGAUCGGGAUUAUCCCGCCUCUGCUCGAUCGACAGCUCUAUGAUGAGGCGCUUGCGAUUUCAAAAGAUGAGGGACGGAGUAUGUGCCGCCGUCUGGCUAGAGAAGAAGGACUGCUGGUUGGGACGUCAACUGGUCUCAAUGUUGUGGCUGCGAUUGAACUAGCGAGGAAUCUAGGUUCCGGGAAAACAGUUGUCACCGUAGCGGCGGACACGGGUCUUAAAUAUUUGAAGGGAGACUUGUUCACUGAUGAGUAAUGGAAAGACAUGAAUAAUCCACCCCUACUGAAAGCUACCCUUCCUUGGGUUCAAAGUGGAACUGCG